AUGAGCGGAUUACCAGGCAAGGGCAGGGGCUCUGGAGGAGACGAUAGGGAGGAGAACAAGAGGCGUGGGGCACAAGAUAAGAAUAAGGCACUAGCAAAACCUCGGCCGAAGCGGACCGUAGAGCAGAAAGCAGCCAUCAACCAAAAAAGGCGACAACAGAGAUCAGACAACGCUGAACAGGCGAAACAUAACCUAGAACUGGGGGCUGACCUGCGUAAGGAAAAGGACGAGAGAAAUGCCAAGGAACGCAUUUACUAUGCGCAGAAGAGGAUAGUCGAUCAAGAAGGGGCGAAACAUGACCCAGAUCUGAAGGCUAAGCUGCGUGAGAAAGCGAACCACCAUGCUGCCUAUCAGAGAAAUUACAAAGAGCAGAGGGUGGUUAAGGAGACGGCGCUAUCUUCUGGGAGGCCGGAGACUCCAGCAAGUAUAACGUGGGAGAAGCCAGAAACCCUACUAUCAUAUGGCUCACCACAGCCCAAACUUCUGAACUCGAAGAAAAUGGACAUACAGUUUGAAGAAUACGACCCACAAAACCCUGAAGGAAGUAACCUAAAAGUGCCUCAGGUCACAAAACCUCGCACAGAGAAACCUCGCACAGAGAAACCUCGCGAACCUCUGAACUCAAAGAGAAUGGACAUGCAGUUUGAAGAAUACAACCCACAAAACCCUAAAGAAAGUAACCUAAAAGUGCCUCAGGUCACGAAACCUCGCCCACAGAAAUCUCGCCCACAGAACCCGAAAAGAAGUGACACAAAAGUGCCUCGAGUCCUGGAACCUCGCCCGCCGCUGUCCUCAACUUAUGGAUAUGACGAUCCGCAGACUGGUUAUGCCAUGCAGCCGCCCACAAAUGUCGGGCGCGGCGAACAACGGCCAUCGUUUGCCGCUGUUAACACGGAAAACGAACAAUUUUUGGCGUCCCUCGAUACGAGAGAGGAUCAGACACGUACUGGGUGGAGACCAAGACCUGCGCCUGUCAAUCUACCCUCUCUUGAUCAGCGUAGAGAGAAUACCGGUCGGCGAUCGAGACCCACAGGUUCGGACCCGAAUCCAGCUGUCACCCUUUCUAUGGGGAAUCUAUCGAUGACCACACGCCCCUCAACGACUGUUUCGCACAGAAUGUCGCGUAACAGUCCACCAGAUAACUCUGAUGAUCGUGCAACGCGGAGACCGCCAAACUUCAGGCAAAGGUAUACCGAUGAGCAAACCAGACAGAAUAUGAGUAUGAACAAGUUUCUUGAUGGUCAAGGAGGAUCUUGA